CCCCUUUCCUUAGCUUCAAUUACCAUUGGCAUUUACGUUUCUUUCAAUAUAUAAUAUAAAGGAAAAGAAAAAAGAAAGAAAAGAAAAGAAAAGAAAAGGCAAAAUGGGAAUUAAGGUGGGUGAGGGAAGAGGCAGUGCAAUCGGAAGAGGCGUCGCUGUUGCCGCCGUUAUAGGGUUAGUUAUGAUGUCUCAGUUGGAAAGCGUGGAGGCAGCCGUUUACGAUGUCGGCGGCUCCAGUGGAUGGACCUUUAACGUCCAAAAUUGGCCCAAAGGAAUACGUUUUCGUGCCGGUGAUAUUCUCAAGUUCAAUUACGACUCAUCAAUUCAUAACGUGGUGGUGGUGAACAAAGCUGGGUACGCCUCCUGCAAAACUCCGGGGGGUGCCAAAGUGUACAACACCGGCAGCGAUCAGAUCAAAUUACCCAAAGGACAGAGCUAUUUCAUCUGCAACUUCCCCGGCCACUGUGAGGCCGGCAUGAAGAUCGCCGUCAAUGCUCUCUGAUCUAAUUAAAAUAAUUUCACCCUCUUUUUUUUUUUUGAUAUGUUUAUUUACUGCUGUUAAAAUAAAAGUUAUUGUACGUAUGUAUUGUCCUUUAUUUAUAUAACUAUAAGUAUAUAGUAUAUUGUGGGAGUGUUUCCUUU